AUGGCUGGCACGGGUGCGUCCAGCCCAUUUAUCAAGGACGAACCUGAAGAUCAGUUCUUUUCGUCCCACAACCAAAGAUACAUAGGAGGCAAUCAGCAAGGCUUCGGCGUCUCCCAGCAGAAUUUCAACCAACUCGGUUCCCACGGAGGGAGCAUCAACCCUAGCGAUCUUGCCAUGGCAAGCAACGGCGUCGCCAUCCCCAAUGGUGGCUACGGAGCCUCAUAUCAGAAUAACUUCACCUCUCAGGCGCCAAACUCCGGCCGGAACUUCUCGAAAGGUAUAUCCACGUUCGAUGACGACGAGCUACUUGACACGAUUGCGCCGAUGAAUGACUCACAUUCAAAUCAAGCCGGCAUGCAGGGUAAUGGGCAAGAAUUUGGCAUGGAGUUCGACUUCGCCCAAAACAUGUACCCUGGCCAUAGUGGUACCAGCGCACUAUCCGUGGAUCCGAAUCACAUCAAUGGCUACUCGAACACCCCGGACGGUGACCCAAUUCAAAGUCCCUUUGUGCAUAACUUCAACCACGCCCAGUUCCGCCACAUGCAGACGCAGAACAACUUUGGCAACGCGCUCCAUUCUCCCGCUUCAUAUACGGGAUCGCCGCUCACUGGAUCAGAUAUGCACAAUGGAUCAUCGGAUGCUUCCAGACAGCGACCGAGGCUGUCCCAAAUGCAAGGCAGGAAGAGUUCUAACACCAGAAGCCCGCUGACCCCGAAAACCCCUGGUAUCGGCAUCUCUUCUCUAAACAUCGGUUCGGCUGAAAAUUCGAGCUUCCCAAGCCCGAUACGCACUUCGUCCCAUCGGCAUCAGAAAUCCUUGUCUGGUCAGUGGGACCAGACACCAAGCAGCCUCACUUCAUUUCCUGGUUCGGAAUUCUCCUCGCCAAUCCAAGGUGUUCAUCCAAAUCCACAAAUCUCCGAUAUACUUAAAGGAGCAUCUAUGCCAACGAAACUGAAUAACGGUCAUCAAUCAGCUAACAGUCCCGCCUUACAAUCCCAAGAGAUGAAGAGGCGGAGACGGCGAGAAUCACACAACCUUGUAGAGCGUCGAAGGAGAGACAACAUCAACGAACGAAUUCAAGAAUUAAGUCAUCUUGUCCCUCUCCAUCGGCUCGAGGAUGAGAAAGUGCGCAAGGCUCUGCAAAAUAACUCUCCGUUAUCACCCACUCUCGCAGGUUUACCACAACCCCCAACUGGCAUGAGCCCUCCUCAAGCCACGUCGGGUUUGGCUGGGCCUGGUGCGCGAAGGGCUACUGCGGGAAAUAUUACGACCGGGAUCCCAAUCGAAGAGAAGGAUAAGGGACCGAACAAAGGCGACAUCCUUAACGGUGCAGUGAGCUGGACUCGCGACCUUAUGUGGAUGCUUCAUACCAAGCUUCAACAGCAGGAAGAACUCGCUCAAACGAUCUCAGACCUCGGUGGAACGUUCCCGUUUCAGGAAACAGAGGACGAAAGACGAAUGCACACCGAGCUUAUGGACGCUAUGGCGAAGAACGAUGCGGCAAAAUUCCACUAUUCGCGUGCUCCAGGUAGCGGCCUCCGGGUUCCAAAGCAUACGGACGUAAAGGGUGAGACCCUUGGGAGCUCUAAUGCCGAUACAUCACUCAGCCCAGAUAAUCACAGCAGUGGUGAUGCUGGUCAGGCCGGUAUGGGCGGGCCGGGUCAGUAUUGGAGUGGUAACAACAGCGGGGGAAGUGGACCUGGCUCUAUCAGCUUCAAGGAGGAGGACGAGUAUGGCAUGGAUCUCACUCAUUGA